AUGGACAAUGUUUCGCGUCAUCAUGACCGCGCGGUACGCGCAAGUCCUGGUGUUCCAGUCUACUUAGCAGCGGUGCUCGUGUACCUCAUGUCUGAGUUCCUCGAGUUGGCUGGUAUCGCCGCUCAUGACGUGGACAUGACUCGCGUCCUCCCUAGUCGCAUUCACCUAGCCGCUCGCAAUAAUGACUUGAGAAGGUUAAUAAUAUGUAAUUUGGUCAUCGCCAAAACUGGUGUCUUGCCGAACAUUCAGGAUGCCCUUCAAUCCACAAUGGCACCCUGGCAUAAAGGCAAUGAGUGA